AUGCUCGAUGAACUGAGUGCUCUUCAUAAUAGUGGAACUUGGGAGCUUGUCCCAUUACCGUUUGGGAAAUAUGUUAUUGGUUACAUGUGGGUUUUUGCUAUUAAAGUUGGACCUGAUGGUACUAUUGAUCGUCUCAAAGCAUGUAUUGUGGCUAAAGAUUACACCCAAAUCUUUGGGUUGAAUUAUGGUGAUACUUUUUCUCCCGUGGCGAAGAUGGCUUCCGUUCGUUUAUUUAUUGAUAUGGCGGCUCUUCAAAGUGGCCUCUUUAUCAACUGGACGUUAAAAACGCAUUCCUCAAUGGCAGUGAUAACCAUGUCAUCUCUCAGAUGA